AUGAGACGAUUCUCCACACUAAGCGUCGUUAGAGCGGCAAAACAAUCCUUUAAGAGUCGCAGUCGCCCUCAAGAAAGUGACAACUUCGAGAAACAUUUCUAUGGCUCUGGAUCAAAAGAGCCCGAGAAGAAAAAGAUAUGGGACGAACUCAACAUCUCCAAACACGAGUUCUUCAUCCGGAAGUAUGGCAACAUCACUCCAGAAGAGAGAAAAAAGUUAGACGAAAAAGUUGCUAGACAACGUCGUCUUCGAGAGGAACGCCGGAAGCACGAGUUGGGUGAAGAUUACAAUAAGCCUAAACCACGCACGGUGCUCAAUCCACUAAGCGAAUACAUUUACGGCACCCACCCUGUCAUUUCUGCUUUACAAUCCGGUAAAAGAGACGCAUUCAGCACAUUGUAUAUAUUUAACCCAAAGGAGAAAGCUGAACAAAUCCUUGACUUGGCAAAGAAGUAUGGCUUGAAAGUCGUUGAAAAGAAGAGUAAAGGCGAGAUGAACAUGUUGAGCUCAAACGGAGUACACAACGGAGUGGUCUUGGAAACCAAAAAAUUGCAGAUUCCGCUGAUAUCAUCGCUCGGCGCAGACUUUGAUGGCGAAGCAGGAACUUACGCACUCAAAACCUACGUGGAUUACGAGAAAAAGGUCACUGUUCAAAAAAACAUCGUGCGUAAUGUGCAACCGGGAAAUAAUAAAUUUCCUUUGGGUGUAUUUGUUGAUGGUGUGACAGACCCAAUGAACUUAGGAAGCAUAGUUCGUUCUGCAUUUUACUUGGGCGUUGACUUUUUGGUAGUUCCUGAAUUUGACUCUGCCCGUUUGGGUCCAGUUGCGGCAAAGGCCUCUGCAGGUGCUCUUGAUUUGAUGCCGAUUUAUAAGGCAGACUUGCCAUUGCAGUUCUUGGACAACUCGCGGAAGAACGGAUGGUCCAUUGUCACUGCCAGUGCCGAGCUGAGUGAGCAGCAACUCGAGGACCAGAAAGAGAAGCACAAACGUCAGUUGUCGGCACGCACUGCCGAUCCAUCUGAACUCCCACUGAUUCUCAACCUGACGCCAACUUUGCUCAUUUUUGGUAGUGAAGGAGCAGGAGUGCGCACCAAUGUUAAGCUUCGAUCUGACUUCUUGGUUGGUUUGAGCAAGGGCCGCAAUGACGAUCAGCUCGUUGAUUCAUUGAACGUCGGCGUCGCAGCAGGACUCAUGAUCGCCAAAUGCGUAGAACAGUAA